AUGUUUGAAACUAUAGAAGAUAAUGAAGAGAUUAUUAAAGAAUCAAUUAAUCUUAUUUGGAAGGCAGCUGAUGGAAAAGUUGUCUCUAUCACUUUCAAUAACCCAAUACUGUUAGCAAAAAUUACUUUAGAGAAUGGCAUUAGUACGAUUAUAAAAUUGGAUGUACCUAAAGCAAUUCUGUUAAAUGAAGAUAAUUAUAAAAAGUUAAGAGCUGAAUUAGCAGAAAAAAGUUCUAUUACAAUUGACGAA